AGUGGUCUCGAUCUAUUAUCAAAUCCGACUGAAAAAUGGACAGAACUAUCCAACUCAUCAGUGCAGCCUUGCUGCGUGUUGAAUUAUCUUCGGACGAACGAAAAACGAUCAUUGAAAAACAACUCCAGCGGUUGUCUGAGAAGGAAGACAAGACGGAUAAUGUUGAAAUUCCAGCAGGUCUGGAAUGGUUUAAUACUUCAGGACCAUUAUCAUUCAAGUCAAACUUGCAAGGCAAAUUGGUUGUGCUAGACUUCUUCACAUACUGUUGCAUUAACUGCAUGCACAUCCUGCCUGACCUGGAGGCACUGGAGGAGAAGUACUCAGUAGAGGACGGUGUUGUCGUUGUUGGAGUCCACUCGGCCAAGUUUGAGAACGAGAAAGUAUCUGCAAACAUCAAGAAUGCCAUUCUUCGUUACAAUAUCCAUCACCCUGUGGUGAAUGAUCAUGAUGCCGUGAUGUGGAAUGACCUCAACAUCCAGUGCUGGCCGACCUUGCUCAUCGUUGGUCCAUCAGGAGAACCUAUCCUCUCCAUCAUCGGUGAAGGGCACAGGGAUAUUCUCUUUGAAGUGGUCCAACUAUCUCUUGAUCACUUCAAAUCAAAGCUGAGUCCGCAAAGCCUUCCUGUCGUUGCCCUCAAGGAUUCGUUGGUCGACUCUCCGCUGCUCUACCCUGGCAAGGUCACCACCAACCCUGAAGGGACACUGCUGGCUGUAUCUGACACAGGACACAACAGGGUGAUCAUCGUGGCUCUUGAUGGAGUGGUACAACACUGCAUUGGAGGUCCAGAGACUGGCUUUAAUGAUGGACUCUACCAGGAAGCAAGGUUCCACUCCCCUCAAGGUCUUUGCUGGGCCCAAGAUGUCAUUUAUGUAGCUGAUACAGAGAACCAUGCCAUUAGAAAGAUUGACUUGAAGGAGAAGCGCGUCACCACCAUAGCGGGUACAGGAGAGCAGGGCGUUGAUUGGUAUGGGGCUGGGCGUGGCACAGAACAGGUUAUCAGCUCCCCCUGGGAUGUUGUACUAGGACCUCCAAAUGAAGAUGUUCUGUUCAUUGCCAUGGCAGGCACUCAUCAGUUAUGGGGACUGUUUCUCUCAGACGGCCAUUGGCUAAAAGCAGUGAGCCAUGAUGCUGGAAUCUGCAUGAACUAUGCAGGGAGUGGCAAGGAAGAAAACCGCAACAAUUCCUACCCCCGUAAGGCAGGCUUUGCGCAGCCCUCUGGACUGGCCCUGGCCCCCCAGGAGCCGUUCAACUGUAUGUUUGUAGCAGACAGCGAGAGCAGCUCAAUCAGAAGAGUGGCCUUUAAAGAUGGGGCUGUGAAGAAUGUUGUGGGAGGUGAAAUGGACCCAAUGAAUCUGUUUGCAUAUGGAGAUAGCGACGGGAAAGGCCUUGAGGCAAGGCUGCAGCAUCCUUUAGGUGUGGCCUGGGAUCAUAGCAAACUUCUCUUUGUAGCUGACUCGUAUAAUCACAAGAUCAAGAUGAUUGAUCCAGAGGAGCGCUACUGUGCAACAUAUGCCGGUACAGGAGAACCAGGCAAAGGGGGUGAUGACGAGCACAUCUUGAAAGCACAGUUCAAUGAGCCUGGUGGCCUGGCAAUCUCUCCAUGCGGGUGUAAGAUCUACGUAGCUGACACCAACAAUCAUACCAUCAGAUGCAUUGACAUCAAAACGUCUACAGUCACCGAGCUGAAGGUAGUACUUCCACCUGUCACAUCAGUAGACAGUAAGCCCAGUGCUCCAAAGAAAGUCAAGACUAUGCUGCCUAAACAUGCAUCCCCUACGACAGUAGAAGGUUUAUCUGUAGGGUUGGAUGGCUCGGUCACCCUGGUGCUGGACGUGAGUCUUCCCCCGGAAAGCUAUCUCACCGAAGGAGCACCGAGCGCAUGGCAGAUUUUCAUACCAGGCUCAGAACCUCAAGCGGUGAUGUCAACAACCAGGCUGGAAAGCCUUAGCAACCCUUUACCUUCCUAUACCUGGACACCUCCACCAGACGCCCAGCUGCCAGUGACAUUGCAGGUGGAAUCAACGCUCUACUACUGCCUCACCUCCGGGGUGUGUAAGCGGCAAGUCUUGGGAUAUAGUGUACCUGUCACAAGGCAGGAGGGAGCUCCCCAGGAUGUCAAGGUUGAACUGUCCCAUCAAGUACUGGAAGAUUCUUGAAAUCUUCUCUGCAGCUACCAGUGACUCAAUUUGCAGGCUGAAUGUACUCUCUACCAAUGCCUCCCCUCGGGGGUGUGUUGGUGACGGGUCUUUGGAUUAUGUGAACCUGUCCCCAGGCUGUUAAAGUUGAACUAUCUCAUCCAGUUCUAGACAAAUUCUUAAAAACAUCUGUAGCUACCGGUGGUAUUUUAAGUAAAACCAAAGCUCUAUUUGCCAUUAAGUGUGUAUUUCCUGGCAGAUUGUUGAAUUUAGUGUACAUCAUACAAGGCAAGAUAGAGCUUCCUAGACUAUUAAGGCUGAACUGUCUCAUUGAGUACUAAAAUAUUCUUGAAAGCUAUCAUAGUUACAAGUGACAUUACACAGAUUGAAUCAGGACUCUAGUACUGCCUUCUCUCAAAGAAGUGUUGCCAUUAAGUAUUUGGAUUUGUAAAGCAGGAAGGGGUACCCGAGACUGUUAAGGCUGAACUGUUGCAUCAAGUACUACAAGAUUCUUUAAAGCUUUGAUCUGCACCUACCAGUGACUUCGCAGGCUGAAUCUAGUCUCUCUACCACUGCCUCCCCUCAGGAGUGUGUUGGCAACAAGUCUUUGGAUCCGGUGUACCCGUCACAAGGCAGCAUGGGGCGCCUCAGACUGUGAAGAUUGAACUGUAUUCACUUAUUACCAGAAGACUCAUGAAGGUAGAACACUGGAAGUCUGUGGAACUUCUUAUCAGCUGUCUGUAUUCUUAUACAUGAACUUCCACCUGAAAUAGAAAGCAAUGCUCUAGAGGACAUUUUAUAAUUAUAUUAUUUACAUUUUUUGAUAUAAAAACCACAUCAAUGUUGUUUCAUUUGUGAUGCAUUCUUUAUAUUAUGUUAUUCUUCUUAUGUACUCUGUUUCUCAUGAAUAGGAGCUAAAAAAUGAAAUCACCUGAGUAAUAUAUGUAAAUAUGGAAAUGUAUAUUUUGGUAUUAAGUGCAAGUAUUAAGAAAAAUGUAACAAAAUACAAAUAUAUACAAGUGGAAGGUUGAACCAUUAUAAGAAUGUACAUACCAGUAAUUAACAUUCAAACCUAGUCACAAUAACUAUGAAGAAGAAAUGUACAUACACAUUGAAAAUUUUACUAUACGGUAUUUACAAAAAAAUUGGAUGAUGGAAUAAGCUGAAAUUUUGCCUAAAAUGUGUGUGCACUUUGCAGACUGAUCUUCAUUUCAGACAUGUUGUCUAUUCAAAUAAAUUGGCACAGCAUGCAUUCCCACCCUAUGUAUGAUAGAAUAUAUGCUUUCAUACAAGAUUUGGAUAAUAAUUUUAUCGAGGAUUUACAUGUAUUUAGUGCUCAAGCUAGAAUACCAAUUUUUGUGUUCACACCAUAUUCUGGUAACCAUUUAACACCCGGAUGGAGAGUUCCAAAUGUUGAUUAAUGACUUGCCAAAUGACACUAUUGCCAUGCCGACCGGGUUUGAACCCAUGAACUUUGCAUCCACAGUCAGGUGGUGCAAACCACUUAACUAUGACACCUGUAAAUAUAUAAAGACAUAUUUACAAAUUACACAAGUGGUAAAUAAAAAUUAAGGAUUUGUGAGUCAUAAGCUCUCAGGUAACAUCAAAUAAUAGAUAAAGAGAAAAUGUUGCUUCCAUUCUUCUGUGCUUCCUACAUUUCUCUUGUGAACAGAAUCCAUUUUCUAAAUCAUUUUGAUGGUCUUCCUCUUUAAAAAGUAAAGCUCAAGUUUUGUGAAAUAAGAAAAAUAUUCUGAGCUUAUAUCAUAAUUUUCAGAAAUUCCAUCUUGACCUAAGGGUAGAAAAAAAACAUGCACAGUAAUUAACCAAAUGUGCUCAAAUCACAAGGUAUUGGAUUUAUAUGGCAGUUAUAUUUAUUGCAUACCAGUAACCAUAUAUAUGUUUCUUCUUAAUUAAUCUCAAAUCUUUAAUGUUUAAAUACAUUUCUGCCUGCAAUGGUCAUUGGAAUAUCUUUUGGCCAUAUGUUAUACAGCAUU